AUGUUUUCUGCAUACACCAAAUCUAGUUCGAAGGCACCUUUAUUAUUUGAUAUUCGUUUGAAUAGUAUUGAUAAUUCAGUAAAUAGUAAUGGAGUUAUCGUCAUCAAUGGUAUUCCAGAAAAUGCUCCUUCAAUUUUUUUGUCAGGAACAAUAGUAUUUUCGAUAUGUGAACCAGUAUAUAUUAAAGGGGUUCAUUUAAGUUUAGAAGGUAAAUUAAGAUUAAAUAUACCAAAUUUAAAAUUACCAGCAACGUCAUCUGCUACAGAUAGCACUUCAAAAGUAUUCAGAUAUAGCAAGUUUGAAAAGAGAAUUUAUACGCAUAAUUGGGAUAAUAUUAAUAUUCAAAAUUAUUUUCAAAAUUUGUAUAGUAAUUAUGGGAAUAAAAAUUAUAGUAUUUCAAGCCCAAAAGAAGAUCUUAAAAACAGUACAAAACCAAGAAGUCGAUCAAAUGCAUCCCUAGCAUCAUUAACAACUACAUCCAGUGGGAGUAACUACUGUACGUUAUUACCUGGUAACUACGAAUUUCCAUUCAGUGCCAUUUUACCUGGCUCAUUAACUGAAAGUGUUGAAGGCUUUCCAAACGGUUGUGUUAGGUAUAGUCUGCGUGCAUCUAUUGAAAGGGGCAGAGGCGAGAAUGAUCUUAUAUGUGAGAAAAAUAUUAGAAUAGUGAGAACGUUGUCUCCUGAUGUGGUUGAAUUGUCAGAAACAGUGUUUGUGCAAAAUGAAUGGCCAAAAAAAAUAGAAUAUGAUAUUUCGGUAAGAUCAAAAGCAAUCGCUAUAGGUUCAACAAUUCCAAUUAAAUUCCACAUGAUCCCAAUACUGAAAGGUUUAAAAUUAGGUCCCAUUCGUAUAUCUUUGAUAGAAUCAUCUCAAUACUGUGGAUCUCAAGGGAUUGUGAUACAUCAAGAAAGAAUAAUCAAAAAAUUAAAAAUCAAAGAUCCUUUAGGUCAUGUUAACAUAUAUCAUAAAAAGACGCAAGGAAAAGAAUUGACUGAAUCUGAGUUGCUGAAUGAGCAGACCGAGUUUCAAGAUUUUUGGGAUAUUGAUACAGAUUUUACAAUCCCACCAAGUUUAUCUCAAUGUACACAAGACUGUAAUAUUUUGAGCAACAUUAAGAUUCGUCACAAAUUUAAAGUAAAUAUAUCCUUAAUGAAUCCGGAUGGUCACAUCUCAGAAUUGAGAGCUUCAGUUCCAAUACAACUGUAUAUUUCGACAUUUUUACCACUAGGGAUUAAUAGAAAAGAAAUAAAUGAACCUGGGCAUAUUGUCGUUGAUGGUAUAAAAGCAACUGAUAAUUUAAAGAGUAACCCAUUAAAAGUUAAAAAUUCAAAUAUAGUGGAUGAUGAUACAAUAUUUGGUUCUAACGAACAAGAAAUUCUAACCCCAAAUAAUGAAAUAUGUGAUACCCUGUACUCAGAAACCUCAUCUUCUUCUCAACAAAAUAUCUCAUCACUAAUGGCCCCACCAAAAUAUGAAAAACAUAAAAAGAGUUUCAGUAUUGAUAGUUCUAUGUCUUCUCCAUUAAUUGAGGAACAUAAUUUUUCAAGUAACCCCACAGAAAGUUUCUUGCUUUUGUCAGAUGAAUCUCAUUUGGAACAACUGAAUUACCGAUUAGAGAUGCUACAUAUGGAAAGAGAAAAAUCGGUUACAUCCUUAAACUCUAAAUUCAACCCAUUUAAAAGUAUCAAUAUGUCAGGAAUUGAUGUAGAAAUUAAGACUCCUGAAGUAUUUAUUACGAAGGGAGAUGAUAAUUAUUUUGACAACAAUAUGACACACGCAUCGAUAUUCUCUGGUAUGUCAAGAAAUAGCUCUUUUGUUACGCAGUCCUCUACCCCAAGAAAGGACUGGGAUAAUAACACCUUGAGUAGAGUUCCCUCUUACGAUAAAGCAAUGAAGCUUCAUAGUAGCACCGUAGAUGACCUCCCACCUUUAUAUCCAGAUGAAACUGUGUUGACAGAACCAUCAAUAAUAAAUUUAGAAAAACCACAAGGUGUACGUCAUAGAGGUUUGUCAACAUCAUCUACAAAUAGUACUUCAAGGAGUGGUGUUUUUAAAGGAAUAAUGAGUAAAAGUAAUAAUAGUUCCUCUUCAUCUUUGAAUAGAUUGACGCGAUCAUCUUCUGCAAAUUCAUUUAAUCUAUCAGCCAAUCCGUCCUCUUCUGGCGCAAAGAAUUUAACCGUAACGAAACAGUAUGGAUUUAGUAUGACGCCUUACGGUACAGAUGAUAAUGUAAAACCCGAUUCAAGAUUGAGAACCGGUUCACUAAAUUCUUUUUCUGAAUUCUUUUCUAGGUAA